AUGGACAUGGCGCUAGAUGCGGGACUCCCCCUGAAUAACACUGGACUACCCCCUCUACCACCAGGGGAUACUCCUGUUCCCUCCACCGCAACGGAAACACUGGCGAUCGGCCCCACUGGCGGUGUUCAGCUGCUAUGCGACCUGCUGAGGGUCCUGAAGAGGCAGGAGGAACUCUGUGCUGAUGUUCUUGCAGCAGAGAAGCAAAAUGUGUCUGAGCUUGGCUGGGAGCAACAAGGAUGUAAAGGAACGUGGGAUAACCUCAGCUGCUGGCCAUCUACUGCUCUUGGAAAUACAGUAACCAUAAAUUGUCCAGAAAUCCUACAAAUUAUUACAGGAAACAAAGGGUUUAUUAAUCGUAACUGCACAGAGGACGGAUGGUCGGUAACUUUCCCCCCAGUGGAUACCGCUUGUGGGUAUGAUGUGAACAACACAGAAUUCGAGGACGUAAAGACAUAUUACACGCAUCUGAAGACUCUGUACUCAGUAGGAUAUGGAACAUCUCUGACGUCCCUCACACUGGCUUUGGUUCUCCUGGCAUCAUUUAGGCGACUGCGCUGUACACGAAAUUACAUCCACAUGCACUUGUUUGCUUCAUUUAUCCUGCGUGCCAUGUCUAUCUUCGUUAAGGACGCUGUGCUGUUCUCCAAGGAGGACGUCCACCACUGCAACGUUUACUUGAGUGGCUGCAACUAUGUUAUGGUCUUUUUCCAAUACUGCAUCAUGGCAAAUUAUAGUUGGCUGCUUGUAGAGGGACUUUAUCUUCACACACUCCUGGUCAUUUCCUUCUUCUCAGAGUGGAAGUAUUUCUGCUGGUACAUUGCCCUUGGCUGGGGUUCUCCACUGGUUUUUAUCAUAGCCUGGUCUGUGUGUAGACAUCUAUACGAAAAUGUUGGAUGCUGGGAUAUUAAUUCCAAUGCCAGCAUUUGGUGGAUCAUCAGAGGGCCGGUUAUUCUUUCAAUUUUUAUUAACUUCAUCCUCUUUGUGAGAAUUAUACGAAUCCUGAUGAAGAAGCUGAGGACAUCAGAUGUUUGGGGAAGUGACUUUGGACAAUACAAGAGACUGGCAAGAUCCACUCUGCUCCUGAUCCCACUGUUUGGGGUUCAUUACAUUAUAUUUGCCUUCUUCCCAGAAGAUGUGAGCACUGGUACUGUGGAGAUCCGGUUAUCCUUUGAGCUGGCCUUGGGAUCAUUCCAGGGGUUUGUGGUGGCUGUGCUGUACUGCUUCCUCAAUGGGGAGGUUCAGUUUGAGAUUUCGAGGAAGUGGCGCAGAUGGCACCUGAGGAAAUACUUUUGGUUGCGGCAACAAAAGAACUCAACCGUGAGUAAUGGAGGAACUGUCCUCACACAGGUCAGCAGGAGCAGCCACAGGGAUCAGAGGAAGUUAUCAACCCAGCGGUCUAGCCUAAUCUAAAGAGAAACCUGGUACCGUACAAAUGUACCAUCAAUGUCAACAAAAGCAGCUCCAUCCGAAGAGAGCUGCAAAGCAAACAAGGCGAUUUAUAACCUACUAAAGGGAGGCAACUACCUGUAGAACUAGCUUCACUGAGAGCUUUAUGAAAGGAACACAUACCAUCCUUACAUUUCAGUAGCCAAAACUUCAUAUAGUCUGUUACAAGGUAUAGCAUUAAUUAA